AAAAAUACAUUUACUGAAUCUUUCCUUUUUCGAUCAGAUAUAUUUUCACUCGUGAUUAACAAAGUAAGCGAAAGAAAUUUUCCCUCUAAUUUUCCAAACAGAAUAUUUUUCCAACUCCGUCAAAAGAGAAACAUUUUGUGUUACCUGUGGUUGCGGAGAAUCCACGAAAAUCUCCCAUACAGAAAUGAAAAAAUGCCAGUUACUUGGCAUCACAGUAUUGCUCCUUCAGUCUCUUCCAUUUGUUCCUCCUUAAGAAAGAACUAUUCUCACAUUGAGUCAAAGACAGGCUUAGAUGUCCACUUCCUAAAAGAACUGGUCUGUUUCAUUGAAUCAGAAUUUAAAGAAGUGGAUGAAGAUGAUCAUGAGCAGAGAUUCAUUGUAUUUCAAAGGGCAUUUAAUAUGGUAAUUGAACAUGUCCAAAAUUAUAAAUUACUCUUGACAUCAAUAAAAAAAGAAUAUGAAAAUGUGAUUGAGGCUCUUCGCUAUUCCAAACGACGAAAUCCAACACUCAAAAACCAAAUAAUUAGAUUAUCUACUCAGGGUUCAACAAUUCAUAAUUUUAAAGUGAGAAUUUAUCAGCUUCAAGAAUUACUAGCUAUACAGAGAGGUUAUAACAAAAACCUUGUAAAGAAACGAGACGAAUUAUUCGAUAAAAGCCCAGAUUGUCUGAGAUUUAUGGAAAAGAAGAAUGUAGCAAAUGAAAAGGAUGUGGAUAAACGAGUGAUUCCAGGUAUCACACUUGAGCAGUCUACAGACAUAAAUUAUCUGAAUACUAUUUUAAAGCAAGUAACCAAGUGUGUGAAAGACAUGAAUUUAAAAUUAAAGACAAAAUAUGUUCCAAAAUCUGAGAAGCACAAAUUGAAGAACUUAUUGAAAGCAAAGAUAACAGAAAGAGACCAGUUGAUUAAUGAAGGCCAUUACUUGAAGGCCAAAAGGCAAAGAAUCAAAGUUGGCUAUGAAGCAGCACUGGCAUAUAAUGACAUACGACCUCCCCAUUGGUCUGUUGGUGACAUUGUGGCACAUGCUUUGCGUUUAUCUGUUGAUACCACAAUUGGUGAAAAAGACAACACAUUGCAUGCAGUGGCCACCAGCACUGUAAAAGUAUUACAAGAACAGGAACCAGAUGAUGAAAAAGAGGCUGAACUAAUGUUGGAGAACAUUGAAAUAUUUAACGAAAUGUUUGAAAACCUACUUUAUGCCGAAGCUGCAAUGCAUGCUGCUGUCUGCCCAAAAGGCAUUUUACGCACAAUGGCUACAUUUCAGAGAUUCAAAGAUUUACCAACAGUUCCUGGUGAGCGACCUUCACCAUCCUUUAUCUUCUGCAAGGCUUUACUCUCAACAGUGGAAGAUGAAAACCAAAUACCAGAUGAACAAAUAUCCUUAGAAUGUAUACAUUGUACUUUAAAAGAAAGAGAGUUUCAAUUGCUGUUCUUUUGGUUGUCCCAAAAAAAAUUAACAAUCACAAAAGCUGCAGGUGAUUUGAUUAGAGAAUAUUGCAAGUGUUCAAUGAUCUGUUCAUGUGGGUGCCUCUCAUUAGCUGAAUUUAUUUACACACAGUUGGGUCUUUAUAGAGAGGCUACUUUCGCAUUGAUAAAACAAAACCGCAUUGUUUAUGGUUUAUACUAUGCCCAAUCGUUGGCUGAUUUUGAUAGCAGUGACUAUGAAGCAGCUUUUGAUGCCUUCCCAACUCUUCAGUUUGCUAGUUCGUUGGUAUUGAAUACUGAUUCACAAAGCAAUACCAUUAAACCAUUGAUAAGUUUUCAUAGAAUGCUCACACUUUUAAUUAAAAAGGACAUCAACCUUUUGCGGAAGUUUUGGAGAAAAAUUACUCACACAGUUUCAGAAAAUACAAACAACCCAAUUGUUCACGAUUUAAUAUCCCUUGAAGAAUUUCCACUUGAUGAAAGUUGGCAUGAUCUUGUCAUUAAACUCGACCAAUUAGGAGAAGAAAAUGUUGCAGUGGAAUUGCAGGCAUUGAUUUUCUCUCAUGGCAUCUUGAAUUCAGUUUUAAAGACAUAUCAUGAUCAGAAUGAAUAAAAAUUACUUUAUUAAAAAAUGAUAUCUUUAUCUUUCUUUAA